UCACUAGUUUGUUCCGAUUUCCUCGUCGUUUUCUCUCUUUUCCUGCUUCCAAGAAAUAAGAAACCAGCUCUGGAAAAACCUUCUUGCCCUGUUUUUUUGUUGUCGUUGUUGUUUACCAAAAGCGAAGAAAACUCCUUGCUUUCUCUUCUGGAAGAAGCAGGGGACGUCAGAGAUGGCAGCGGAAGCACCCGCGGACCCAAGGAGGCUCGACCAGACGCCGACGUGGGCCGUGGCGGCUGUCUGUGCGGCCAUCAUCAUCAUCUCCCUAUUGCUCGAGAAGGGACUUCAUCAUGUCGGGGAGUGGUUUAUCAAGAGGCAAAAGAGAACUCUUUUUGAAGUUCUUGAGAAGGUGAAAGCCGAGUUGAUGAUCCUCGGCUUCAUCUCCUUGCUGUUGACGUUUAGUCAGGACCAGAUCGCGAAAAUCUGUGUGCCAAGAGCAGUUGCAGAUUCUAUGCUGCCAUGUCGCCCUGAUGCAGAGUCAACUGGCGGAAAUAAAAGGCGACUGCUCGCGCUGGUGCUGACGGAGUCACACCUGAAGCGCAGGAUUUUAGCUGCUGGUGGUUCAGUGGUUGAAUGCCCCCCAGAAAAGGAGCAACUGAUUACUGCCACAGGCUUGCACCAGUUGCACAUUCUGAUCUUCUUUUUGGCUGUGUUUCAUGUGGUAAAUAGUGCUCUUAUAAUGGUCCUUGGAAGAGCAAAGAUACACAGAUGGAAGGACUGGGAAAAGGAUACGACAUCGGCUGAGUAUGCCUUCACGACUGAUCCAUCCAGAUUCAGAUUUACUGAUGAAGUAUCCUUCGUAAUGUCUCACACGAGCUUCUGGAACAGAAACGUGAUCUUGUUCUAUAUUAAAUGCUUCUUUAAUCAAUUCAUCAAGUCUGUUACUAAAGCUGAUUACUUGACCUUGCGCCAUGGUUUUAUAAGUGCUCACUUGGCUCCAGGAACUAAUUUUAACUUCAAAAGAUAUAUCAAAAGGGCUUUAGAGGAUGACUUCAAGCAAGUUGUUGGAAUCAGUUCUAUUUUGUGGGCUUCUGCUGUGAUUAUUUUACUUCUAAAUGUUCAUGGAUGGCAAGAACUUUUUUGGGCAUCGAUAAUUCCUCUAGUCAUCAUUUUGGCAGUGGGAAUGAAGCUACAGGCGAUUAUGGCAGGAAUGGCCAUGGAGAUUAAAGAUAGGCAAACUGUGGUCCAGGGUAUGCCUCUGGUGCAUCUCACCGACCGGCAUUUUUGGUUCGGGCGGCCGCAAUUCGUUCUAUUUCUGAUCCACUUGGCACUCUUUCUCAAUGGAUUUCAGAUUACAUACUUCUUUUGGAUAUGGUAUUCGUUUGGCUUGAAUUCCUGUUUCCAUGAUACAUUUCAAUUCAUCAUUGCCAGAAUUGUGAUCGGGGUUAUAGGCCAAGUUUUGUGCAGCUACAUUACUCUCCCUCUAUAUGCACUUGUUUCUCAGAUGGGAUCACACAUGAAGAGAUCCAUAUUCGACGAUCAGACAUCCAGGGCACUUAAGAGAUGGCACCAGAAUGUGAAGAGAAAACUCAAAGGAACCCCUCCGAAAUCCGUGGCACCGAGCCCGCGGUCGAGUGUGAAUUCGUCCCCAGUUCACCCAGUUCAGUUCAAAUCGAUGAGGCAUGCAGGUGAGACGCACUACCGUUCCCCAAGAAGACACUUCCCUGAGCCUGGCAAUUCAGAGAUGCAUUUAUCGGAACAAGACAACACUGAUCAAGAAGAUGAGGUAUCAAUCUUACCGACCAACCAAGUUACCAGCGAGAAUGACUUCGAGCCGCUGGAGUUGCGAAUGGAGGCAGGAGAACAACACAAACGAGAAGAUCAUUCAUUCUCAUUUGUGAGCAUGCGUGGAUCAAGUGUAAAGCAACCAUAGCAGCCUGGUGAUCUAUCAUCCACCAGGAGUAUGAUGUGUGUGUCACUCGACUCUCAAGAAUGAUUGCCUAGAUAAGGAGAGAUGCUUUGAAAAUCCUAUUUAUGAUGAACAACUUCUACAUCAUAAGAUCAUCAAUUUAGUAUA